GAUCGGGAACAGCCAGUCAGCAAUCCUUUCGCACUGAGUGAUUGUAACAGUGGCUGUUAUUUGCACUGGCAACGGACAACGACGGCGCCCCUUAGGGGGUUUUGUCGGCAAACUCUUUGUCAGCUUUCCCGGAUCGUCCCAGUCCUUCGGAAAACAAAGCGAAAACAAAUAAAAUCAACAAGGAGAGCAAAACGACAACCCACAAACCGCGCAUUCGAUCGUUCCAUUUUUCUUAUCAAUUGUUCCCUCUUUACAUACGUUCGCUCUAAAAGAAUAGAAUUGCGAUAACCCGUCAAAAUGGCCACUAAUGAUACCCCUCAGGCUUCGACCAACUACAAGGAGGCUUUCUCGUUAUUCGACAAGCGAGGCAACGGCCGCGUUUCCCUCGAUAGCCUCGGCGAUCUCUUGCGUGCUUGCGGCCAGAACCCUACAUUGGCCGAGAUCAGAGAUUUAGAGCGAAAUGUCGGCGGUGACUUUGAUUUUGAGACCUUCUCGAAAAUCCUGAACCGACCAGGUGGUUUCCGCGACCCCGGAGAGCCUGACGAGUACUGCCGUGGUUUCCAAGUCUUCGAUAAGGACAUGACGGGAUUUAUUGGUGUCGGUCAACUGAAGUACAUUCUGACGAAUCUGGGCGAGAAGAUGACAGAUGAAGAGGUGGACGAACUCCUGAAGGCAGUUGACACCAGUUCAGGCCAAGUCAACUACACUGAUCUUGUCCGAACCAUCUUGGCCAAUUAAACGAUUCGCUCUAGCACAUCGAUGGAAGCCAGAGUUUAGAGGCGUAAGAAUAGCUACGUACUCCCGCAAUACUUGUUUGGGGAGAGCAUCAACGCAUCACAUUGCAUGACACCACGACUGGGAGUGAUUGGGCGUUUGUUAAUGGACGGGAUUACAUGGAAUUGGUAUGGGCCUAUUUGGUCUCUUAUGACUUGGAACUAUGGAAUUGUAACCAUAGGUCAUUGGCCAUAGGUAUGGAAUAUACAUGAAUAAACUUCCAAUGGGUGUUGAGGCCUCUUUGCCUUAUGAUGGAUCCUUAUUCCGACAUUUCUGUGCACUAGAAUUUCUUCGAUAGGUACCUAGGUACCUUAUACCAAGUGUUUACACGUACCUACCACCUGAGAGUGCGAGUGGAUCUUUGUUGAACGCAGCACUCGGUACAACGUAGGACUUUAGAUGGAGUACCUUCACAUUGCUAAUGCUUGUAAAAAGUACUUCCAAGUUUUGGAACUUCGGGUACCUUCUUCUGUACAAUUCCCCGCAGUCUAGAAUAGGUUAGAGACACCUGUAGGGUGCCUAGCUCCGUCA